AUGCUCGAAUUAAUCACUCGAAGCAAGUCAUCAUUCAGUCGACGCAUCAACUGCCCUAUACAACACGGACGGACAUACACACGCACACAACGGCAACGCGGCUCACCUAAAAGGCACGGCCGAGUACAGGCUCCCCCCUUCGCCCCUCCGCCCCUCCCGUCCGCCGCCCCGUCCCUUUACCGCUCGCGCCGCGCUAGCUGUCCCUGUCGCUCGUCGCGGCGCGUGCGCACCUCCCCGUCGCCUACGCCUACGCCUCGACCGCGGACCGAGAGAUUACCAAACGGACACUGGUGGACCAUGUGGCACUGGACGCUUACAUUCGCGGCGGUUCAAGGUGUCGCCCGCUUAAUAUCACUUCCGUGUAUGGCGAUGAUGACGCGCGCAAAGCCGCGGCUCGGCAGUUGCGCAACCCCACGAGCUUGCCCAACUAAGAAGUUCAAAGUGGGAUCUGGGAACGCGGCGGACGAAUUGGCACGAGAAUCGCAGAGUGCUACACUUUCGCGGUGCCGAGCAGCCGGCCGGUAUGCAACAAUGGAGAGCGCGCCGCUUUCCACGCGGAACUCUGGCCGCCUCGCUCUCGAUGAAUCGGGCCCAUCCGUGCCCCAUGCUCGUGAGCGCCGUGUGCCUAUUGAUCGGGCUGCACGGGGCGAAGGUCAGCAGUGCCGCAACACACGGUCAGCCGACGCGAGUAUAGCCGUGCCUUCGUUCUCACCACGCCACGCCACGCCACGCCACGGCAAGCCACGCCAUGCCACGCCAUCGCAACGCAAUACAACCCAAUGCAAGCCCCUUUGUCGCAUGUGCAAAAGUCACAUGUCCAAGUCAAUGCGAUACUCCAUACCU